UGGCUCCGCCAUCCAAAUCCCAACCACUUUAUUCAAGUUCCAAUAUGAGAUGCAUUUUAAGAGCACAUGUCACAUCACUUCCUAUAUAGAGCUGCGUCUGUGCUUAAUUUCAAUCAAGGGGAAAGAUCCACUCAUGGCUAGUCUACAAUCGCUGAAAGAAUGCCCCAAACCUACCUUGUUCUUUGUAACCAUUUUCGUCGGAGUAGUGCUCGAGUUUCUUAUGAAAGAGAAGCUUAAGAAAAGAACGCUCAAUCUUCCACCAACCCCUGCAAAGUGGCUAAUCAUUGGCAAUCUUAACCAGCUUGGUAGCUAUAAUCUGGGUGGGAAGGAUCAGGUAGUUAUCUUUACUCGGGUAGGAUCAGGAAGGAAAUGGGAUCACGCCCAUAAGAAGAAAGUUCUGGUUAAGAAGGUUGUGACUCGUAAGAUGAAACCAAUGCAACUAAGGAAAGAUAAGAGCACAAUCAUAUAG